UGGCCUCUUUAUUCCAGCCGGUGUUUAAGUAAACAUUCGCCCUUACGAACGUGCGCAAGGACAAGUUUAAGUUAAAUUAAAUAUGUUUCCUUUGUACAGAUCAGUAUUUAAACGUUCUCUGAGUGCGCUUCAUAAGAAUGCUUCUAUCACUAAAGACAUGCACACAACUGUCAUAAACAUGAAACCCAACGUUGCAGUGGUGCUCUCUGGCUGUGGCGUCUAUGAUGGGAGUGAAGUCCAUGAGUCUUCAGCUGUGCUGGUCCAUCUGAGCAGAGCUGGUGCGGCGGUGGCGAUAUUUGCCCCGGACACUAACCAGCUCCACACCAUUAACCACACCAAAGGCGAGACGAUGGAACCGAACAGGAACGUUCUGGUUGAGUCUGCAAGGAUAGCACGAGGGAAAAUCAGUCCGCUUUCGAACCUGAAGGCGGCUGAUUUCGACGCCGUCGUCUUUCCAGGGGGUUUUGGAGCGGCGAAGAAUUUGUCGACAUUCGCCAUGGAUGGAGCGAAAAUGACUGUGCACACGGAUGUUGUAAGGGUCGUGAAAGACUUUCACGGCCAUGGUAAACCAAUCGGGCUGUGUUGUAUUUCCCCGGUGAUCGCCGCCAAGGUUAUUCCAGGCUGCGAGGUCACCGUGGGGCAGGAACAGGAGGACGGGGGCCGAUGGCCGUACGCGGGCACGGCUGGGGCCAUCAAGGCGAUGGGCGCCACACACGUGCCCAAGAAUGUUACCGAAUCGCACACAGAUAUGAAACAUAAAAUUGUCACAACGCCAGCUUUUAUGUGCGAAACUAAAUUUCAUGAAGUCUUCGACGGUAUUGGUAAAAUGAUAAACGGUGUUUUAAAACUUGUGAAGUAAGCUGUGAUUUUAUUGUAUUGGAUUAUCUGUACUUGGAAUGAUACUAAUAUGAAAACACAAUUAAAUACUGUGAGCUUACACUAAAGUGUGCGUGGGUGCUUGCCUAUCUGAUGUUUUAGCUGAACAUGGUAUUUCGUUCUUUCAAAUGUGUUUCGUUGUUAAUAUAACACUCCCCUGGUAUAUUGUCAUUUUUGACAUACUGUAAUAUACUCAUACAUUUAACUGCUCUCGACCAAUAAGGCUAACCUGGGAGUGCCGACGUCGAGACCUUAUUUGCACAGAAAGGCUAAUACGUUAUACGUGUUUGUAUUUGCUCUGAACAUAGGACUGCAUUGCGUUAGUCAAUUUUUGUAAAGAACUGAAUCGAAUAAGAAAAAUAAAUUGCGCAUUUGUUUA